AUGUGUUUCUAUCAUGCCUACUCCCACAAGUGCGGACACACACAGAUGAUCUUCCAGCAAAUGUGCCCUAAAGGCCAAAUCGCGCAGCGAAAGUGCGCGCGCAGCGAAAGCGUGAUUCUCGCCACUGUCAAGAUCGAGACUCCUUGCGGUACGUGCCCAGGUUAG